AAAUAAGCUAACAAUUCUAAUAAAAUAGUCGAGCCGAGUGGACGUCCCGGUUUUUUUUCGAGCUAAAAAAUAAAAAGGUUCGCAUCAACGCGCUUAAUUAACUAACAAAAACUUGAACUUAUUAAAUAAAAUAAAAUGCCACAAAUUCAGAAGCCCGCACCCGACUUCUCCGGCACCGCCGUGGUCAAUGGCGCCUUCAAGGACAUCAAGUUGAGCGACUAUAAGGGCAAAUAUUUGGUGCUCUUCUUCUACCCACUUGACUUCACCUUUGUGUGCCCCACUGAGAUUAUUGCAUUCUCUGAUCAUGCGGCCGAGUUCCGUAAGAUCAAUUGCGAAUUGAUUGGCUGCUCUACAGACAGCCAGUUCACCCAUUUGGCCUGGAUCAACACACCACGUAAACAGGGCGGCCUAGGUAACAUGGACAUUCCAUUGUUGGCCGAUAAGUCGAUGAAGGUCGCUCGCGAUUACGGUGUAUUGGAUGAGGCAACUGGCAUUCCAUUCCGCGGCCUCUUCAUCAUCGAUGAGCAGCAGAAUCUGCGUCAGAUAACGAUUAACGAUUUGCCAGUCGGCCGCAGCGUGGAGGAGACACUACGUCUAGUGCAGGCCUUCCAGUACACCGAUAAAUACGGCGAGGUGUGCCCAGCCAACUGGAAGCCCGGCCAGAAGACCAUGGUGGCCGAUCCCACCAAGUCCAAGGAGUACUUUGCCAGCACAUCCUAAGCUAAACAUAUAUGUAUGUAUAUAUAUAUAUAUAUAUUCGCCCGAUUUCGAUGCGAUUCCAUUGAAUGGAAGGACGAGAGAAAGAAGUCGUACUUGCAUCAGGAGAGGCUGCUCACAUACACACAAACAAGCACACACACCUAUAUAUUAUAACAUAAUGAUAAUCUAGCGCUAGUUCGCACUAUAUGUAGCAAGUACCCAUUACCCCACCCCCUCCCCUACACACACAUAUAUGUAUACAUGUAAUUUAAGCAGAAAGUCUUAACAAGUUCUGUUUUACUUGCAACAAUAAAGCCGCAUUGAAUCG